GGCACCAGCAUAACCCCUGUACCCACCAUGGCCACAGGCACCAGCACGACCCCAGUGCUCUCCGUGGCCACUGGCACCUUCAUGACACCUCGGGACACGUGGGAGAGGAGCAUGAACACGUCCAGGGGAAUCGUCCCCUGUGCCAAGGACAGUGCUGUGGAAACAGACUCCCUGCUCUGGCACUGUCCCCGGGAGCAGCUGAAGACCCUGCCACGGGCAGAACUGGAGGGGAGGUUGGAGAGCACCCUCAUCAUCAUCGAAGCCCUCUCGCUGCAGCUGCGUGACUGGCAGGAGAGCCGGCGGCCUGGCGUGGGGCCAGCCAAGCAGAGGGAUGCACUCACACAGACAGACACCACCCACCCCGAAGGGAGCACCGGGAGCAGCCAGAGCCUCCUGUUCCGAGGCCUUGCAGAUGCUGCUUUUCGGAGCUUGCAGGAUGAGCAGGGAGCCCUCAUGCAGGAGCAGGAACAGGAGAGGACCCUGGUGUCCCAGUGCCAGGCUGUGCUCGAGCACUGCAAGGUGCAGAGCUGCCUGGGAGAGCAGGAUGCCAUCAGGCAGCGAGUAGAUGAAGCCCUACGAGCCAAGGAUCAGGGAUAUCUGUUCCUGGAGGCUUUCUGUGCCCAUGCCAGCGCCCAGAUCAGUGCCCGUGACCAGAGCCUGGCCUCCCAGCAGGAGCUGAGCACGCUGCUGGCCCAUGCCAUCAACCUGCAGGCAUCCCUCUCUGCCGAAGCACAGUCUUUCCGGGAAUUCUUAGACGUCACCUUUGAAAAUCUGGAGAAGGAAAGGAGAGCCCUGGAUGAGGAGCGGGAGCAGAUGAGGGCCCUGGUGUCCCAGUCCCAUGCCCUGUUGGAGCGUGUGCCCAGCAAGCUGCAGAGCUGCCUGGAGGAGCUGGCUGCCACACGGAAACGAGCAGAGGAAGCUCUUCAAGCCAAGGAGGAGGCAUCCUGCCAGCUGGAGAAGACCUUGGUGACCCUGCAGGACACAGAGGCUCAGCUGCAGCAGCUGACAGUGGCCAACUCGCGCCUGGGCAAAGACCUGAGCUCCGUGAUGAUAAAUCUGGCCAGCAUGGAGCAGGAGCGGGAUGCGCUGCAGCAGGAGAACGAGAAGCAGUGGGAGGAGAUGGCCCAGCUGGCAGAGGAGAGGAACUCCCUGCAGCAGGAGUGCAAGGAGCUGUGCCAGGAGCUGCGGGAGGCCAUCGAGUUCCGGGAGUUCCUGGAUCAGGAGAACCAAAUGUGCCGCACGCAGCUGCUGGAGGUGGAGGCCAGACUGAACUCCACGCUGGCCACGCUGCAGGAGCGUGUCCUGCAGCACGAGGAGCUGAUGGAGUCCCACCAACACCUGCGGGAAGAGCAGGCUGCCCUCAGCAAGGAGCUGGACAGCACCAAGGCUGAGCUCCUCAGCUUGCAGACACAGAGGAGCAAAGUUUCUUGGUGCUCCAAGGACAUUAUGGAGAGCAAGAUUUGGUUGCAGGAGCUGGCUGACUGCCUCAAGGCUGCUCUGGAAGAGCAGGAUGAUGUUGAUGCUCCAUCAAGAAGCAAAGCCUGGACCCCAGGGCCCCGGACCCCAGGCUGGCAGACCCCACGCCGUGCCUGGACCCCGGCAUUCCGCACCCCGGCUUUCCGCACCCCGGCGUGCCGCACCCCGGCGUGCCGCACCCCGAGCCACGCUGGCAGCUCCUUUGUGGGCAGUGUCCUGAAAGCCGUGGCAGGGAAAGAUGCCAAUGAGACCACCAGAAGUAGCAGUACAGUUUCCAAGGACAAACUUGCAUCUGUGCCAAAGCCAAUAGAUCCCGAGGAUGCUCUGCUGGAGAGCGUGAAGGAGCUGAGAUCUGUGGUCUCCAACCUUGCCAUGCUGAGCUCCCGCAUCCAAGAACUGGAGCAGAGCGAGUUCAGGGCACUGCAGACAGAGAUCUCUGACCUGCAGGUCCACCUGAAGACAGUGACAGCUGAGAGCCAGGAGAAGGUGCAUACCCAGGCUGCCACCAUUGCCAAGCUGAACACGGCGCUGAGGACCAAGCUUGAGAAUGAGAAGAGCCUGCAGGACCUGGUGAAACAGCAGGAAAAGAAGAUGUUGCAACUCGUUGACAUGAGAGGAGAAGUCGUGAGGCUGAAGGCAGAAGUCUCUGAGCUGAAGCACUUGCUCCAUCACGCAGAGACAGAAGCCAAGAUGCUGCGGGAGGAGAUGAGGGACAAGGAGCAGCAGGUGGAUAAUCUGCGGCUGCUGCUGGUGGAAAAAGAGAAUGAGAACAUGCAGCUCACUGACAAGUACCUGGAGCAGGUCCGUGGGCUGGAGAAGAAGCUCCAUCAUACCCAGAAAGUGCUGAGAAGCCAUGAGGAGAUACAGGAGAAUAUAAAAAAGGUCCUGUCGGCUGUCCCUGAGGAGGCUCUGGACUGCCAGGAGUUUCAGAGCAUGCUGUGCUACCUGGGCCUGAAGCCAGCCAGCGAGGAAGCUGCUGAGCCGCUAUAGCCUGUAGCCUGAAACCUUUCCUGUUGUUAAUGUUGUAAUUAUUUAUUGAAUAAAGUUGUGUUGGCUUUUUUCCCACCUGCUGU